AGUGAUUAAAGCUCUCAGCAGUUAACUGACCCAUUCAGAAACGUCCUGUCUGUUCACUUUCAAGGGUCUGCAAGAUGAAGAUCCUGUUGGUUUUACUGCUCGUUCUUCUAUAUGUUCAACAAAUACAAUGCGUUGUUUAUGGCUUACUGCUGAGCCUAACCGCUACUCAUGACGACAAGGAUACUAGCAACAUCAGUAACUCUACUUCCAAUGACGCUAUCAAGAAUGAUGCUUUUGUGUGCAAGAAAGACAAACACUGUGGAAAAGGAAGGUAUUGCCAUCGGUUUUAUGGAAGCUGUCAUGACCUUAAACCAUUAGGAGCACAUUGCCGUAGAGAUCACGUCUGCUCACAUGGCAUGGAGUGUGUGUUUGGUAAAUGCAGAAAAGCGAUCAAAAAAGGAAUCGAAGGAGCGCGUUGUACUGUAGACAACGAAUGCAACAUGAAUUUAUGUUGCGCGCCAACACAUGGAGAAUGGCUUUGUAAGAAGAUGUUACGAGAGAAUGACAUAUGUACUGUUCCUGAAGGAGGGCUUGCCUUUCGCAUUAACCACAGUUGCCCGUGUGGCGAAGGGUUUCGUUGCAAUAGAGUUCGUCAACACAGAAAGAAAAAGAUUUCAAGAUUAUUUCGAAAGGAAAGAAGAUGUGUCAGGAUUAGUUAAGGUUUUCUGUCAAACUUCGAAAUCCCCUUAACAAGAAACAAAUACCAGGUGUCCAAGACACUACCCAGUUCAGCUAUUGGUUAUCGAUCACUACCAUCCAUGACCAUCCAGUCAGUCAGUCAGUCAGUCAGUUCAGUCAGCAGAGCCAGCUAGUCAUGCAGUCUGCUGUAGAAACAUAGUGCACUUUGUUCUUGUGUACGUUAAAAAUCAAUAUACGAACCAUUAUAUAAUUCAAAAAUAACAGUACAAUUACUUGUAAAUAGCAUAUUAGACAAUAUUAAGGUUGCCAAAAAUUCAUUAAAUUUAGAAAUGUAAAUUAGCAAGCAAUGGAAGUAUCCAAAUCAUACUCGGGAAUGAAGUGGGGUAAAUAAAUUGUAGAUUUUGUGUUAAGCAAAAGUGUUGACACUUCUGUUUGACAAUACAAUAGACAUGCAUGGAACUUUUAAAAGACAUUUAUAAGUUAUUAUAAAGACAAGAAAAUGUUAUUAAUUCAGAAGGCACUUGUUGUAGUUGUCUAUUGAAACCUUCGUCUUUGUAGUGUAAAAUAAAUCUAGAGUUUAUCGAA